AUGCGUGCGGCCCUCGGACUGGGCCGAAUGGAUGCUCUCCGCAAGCCCACUGGCGGUACCCGUGGAUUAGUCAUUGGUGAUUUCCUCCGGCGCCUCAUCGCACGUACACUGGCGCAACAAUUUGCGCCCUCGCUUGAAGAAGCUUGCCGCCCUCAUCAAUAUGCCCUCGGCAACCGUGCAGGCUUGGAUGCUUUGGUGGACCAUGUGCAGGCCAGGUGCGCGCUCGACCCCACCCUCACGGUUGUGUCCCUGGACGCUUCUGCUGCUUUUGAUGGCAUCAGCCGCCAGGCGAUCCUGCAUGAGCUCCGCCACUUGCCCGAGGCGGCUGCUUUACUGCCGUUCGCGAGGUUGUGGCUUGGGCGCCCCUCUUCCUUCGUGUGGCAGCAAGGUUCAACCACCCGGCGCAUCACCCAAGCCGAAGGGGUUGAACAAGGCGACCCUCUCAGCACGGCCCUGUUUUGCUUGGGUCUGCGGCCUGCGCUUCGGGAUCUCCAGCGGGAGAUCCGUGAGGAUCUAGGCGAACGCAUCGUUGCCUACCUCGACGAUGUCACCAUCCUCGCAUCGCCUCAGCGAGCGUUGCACCUCGUUCAGCGCUUCGAGUCCCUCCUCGCUCGCCACAUGCAGCUGCGUCUCAACCUCGCCAAAACAGCCCUUUGGAAUGAGGCGUCACCUCCCCUGGUUUCCCGCCUUGCCGCGUGA